AUGCGCGGCCUGGUUAUCCCCCGUAAUCUCCAACCCCACCCGCGCGCCCGCCUCGUUAGGUCCGCCCCUUCCGUGGCGCAUGCUCAGCCGGACCGGACGGACAGGGGAUCUCGUCGUUUCCUCCCUCCCUCCCUCCCUCCCUCCGGGAAACAAAGCGGGGGUUGCGGUUUCAAGAUGUCAACCUGCACGUUUGCGACCUCCUGCGUGCUCUUGGGCAAUGCUCGAACAACCGAUGCCCCCCAGAAAGCGGUCAAGAGCCGCCUGAGCUUCCUUGGCCGAGGCGCCGUGCAGGUGCCGAGCCUGAGGUCCUCCUCUUUCAAGAAGCUGGACGUCUCCGCGGCGGCCACGUACAAGGUGAAGCUGGUGACCCCGGAGGGGGACGAGCACGAGUUUGAGGCGCCGGACGACACCUACAUCCUGGACUCGGCGGAGACGGCGGGGUUGGAGCUGCCCUACUCGUGCCGGGCGGGGGCAUGCUCGACCUGCGCGGGCAAGAUUGAGGCGGGCGCGGUGGACCAGUCGGACGGGUCGUUCCUGGACGACGUGCAGCAGGAGGAGGGCUACGUGCUGACGUGCGUCGCCUACCCCAAGUCGGACUGCGUCAUCCACACCCACAAGGAGGGGGACCUGUAUUAG